AUGCUGAGGAAGCCUCUGGGAGCCGCAAAGCGACCCCUCGUUGUGAGGCGGUUUGCGCGGGUACGUGUUGUUCGCACGGAUGCCGCAGCGGAUGACCUGAGUAUCGUCAUGCAGGCGGAGUGUGACGACAACGUGCUUCCUCCAGCCCCACUCACCACAAGCGCGGAGGUGGUGCGACAGUCGCCGGGUGCGCUCCUUAACAACGCCAAUCGGCCUCUCCUCGUACCUCUCCUCUCGCUUUUGCGCCGCCGCGGUGCAUACUGUGGAAGCCACACGCGCCAAGAACUUGUGCGGUAUUUGGUACCCUCUGUACACCGUGAACGGCUGCCGUGGUUGUGGGAUGAUAGCGCGGAACCCAAGCCAUCAUCAUUAUCAUCAUCGACACCUGCAGCUGCAGCAACAUCACCAUCAUCAUCGAGAGAGGUGAAGAGUACUUCUGUGCUGCGGUCCUUGCCGUCGUUUCUCUGGCGGGCGACUGUCGAACGGGGCAAACCAAUUGAGUUGGGCGAGCAGUUGCACUACUGGCACCAGGUACUCUUCGCCCUCUCUGCCAACCCCGCCUUUGCGGAGGUGGAGUCGUUUGAUGAGGCCCAUCGGGAUCUCCUUUCUAUAAUUCAGGACUACUACACGGAUAUUGUGCACGUGCAGCGGCACCUGCCACCUCUCGACGAGGACACCGUCAUGACACGGAUGCCGCCCGUACUGAUCCGUAAGCUGCGCAAGCUGUAUGUGGAGCAGUACCGUCUCCUGCAGUAUGCAGAGCUCAUUCGUGCCGUCGUGGACGGCGAGGAGCUCGUGAUGCCAGACUGCGGUACCGCCCUCCUGAACGAUGCGGAAGUCUUUGAGUAUUUUCUCACAAUCCCUGGCCGCCGGGAGUCAGGAUUGGAGCGCAACGAGCGUUGGGCACGCACGCUAGAGUGCGCGGCAUUUGCUUUCGAGAAGCUGUUCCGCCUGUGGCGCUGGCAGCAGAUUGCGGUCAGUACGGCAGUGGUGCGUCCUGCUGCGCUCCUAAUGAACGUAUGCGUCUUUGCGAGGAACGAUAAUGCAGAGGGAGAGCGGUACCGGGAGGCCAUCCUUGCCGUGAUGCGUGUGUUCCACGCGCAGUGCGUGAACGGUGGUAGAGACUACAAUGGUGGUGACGACAAGGCAGAUGCAGCGUGCGACGUGCUGCGCGCACUCCGUGAUGCCGGGGUGGAGAGCAUGCUUGCAAAGUGCAAGCGUCUGCACUUUGGCCCGAUGAGUGGUCUUCUGAACGUUUGUACGGUGGCCUCCGUGACGGAGAUGCUCCUUUGCGAUGAGACAGGUCCGGCGACAGAGGCGCGCCGAGGCAGCGUUGGCCGUGACGAACUGGAGGUCCUCCUUAGUCCGCGCAAGAUUGUUGGCAGUGAAAUGUAUGACGUUGCCAGGGGCGAUGAUCGUCACCGUUUUGCCGCACACUAUGGCCUUCUAAACUUAAGCGCCCGUGUUGGCGCGGCGCUCCAGGCGGUCGUGCAGUCCCCUACAUCGAUGCGUCGGUACAGUGGCGAGCUGGGAAAGUGGUGCGCAUUCAUUGGGCGACCACUCCGCCUGAACAUCAGCGAUGUUCCUUUGGCGCAGCAGGUCAGUGGAAACUCCGUGCCGUCCUGGCAAUGCGGGUGCCAGAGUGUGAACCCCGUACAAGCAAAAAGUGUCUCCUGUAUCGGCUGUGUGUCGCGCGACUUGGUGCGGCACAAGUGGACCUGCCCGCACUGUUCAUGGGCGGCAACCUCUGGCGACCGCAUCAACACCUGUCUUGGCUGUCAGCGUCCUCAUCCCCGGCAACUGGCGGUGCACGACGGUGCAGAAAUAACUGUGGAUAAAGAACCAGCGACGCCACUCCUGUGGUACUGCGAGUGGUGUUUCUCCUACUCUUCACUGAGCUGCGACGGUGUUGGCGUAACACCGAGUUGUGACGAGUGUGGUGCCGUGUGCUGUGGCUGGCCAACAAGUUACUUUGAGUGGGAAUGUGGAUGUGGGGCGGCCAACAGUUCUGCUCGCCGGUGGUGCAGGGUUUGUAGUGCGAACCGUAAGCAGGCGUGCUGCGUGUGCGCGACGUGCCAGAAGGAGUGGAUGCUGCAGCCCCAUGGUGUUACUGCUGCUUCUGCUGUUCCGUCGGCGGGUGGGACUAGCUGCCCGUUUUGCUCAGCACCACAUCCGCGCGAUGCGGCUGCGUGGCAGCGCCGACUGCUGCGAUGCCCGUUUUGUCAUCGCUUUACACCCGGCGACGCUUCAGCAUCAUGUCAGAACUGCCAUCAGAGAAUUGGAGUCUUGCGUCAGUUCCUUCCGCUUCAUGCCGAUUGGCCUUGGCUGUGCCAUACGUGUGGGCAUAGACACCACCACCGCGGCACAGACGGUACAUUGCUUCCGCCGCCGGAUGAUGCCACCGAAGCAUGCCAGAGCUGCGGAACGCUGCGACUCGAUCCUGUUCUCUUUGACUUCCACGAGCCGUGGACCUGCGCCGGCUGUGGCGAGAAAGCAGCACGUGGGUUCAACUGUCACCGCUGCCUUUCUCUUCACCCCGCCGUUCCGGCGACGGAGGUGCAUGCAUGGCGCUGUAUCGUGUGCCUGUCGGUGAACAACAGCUGGAGCAGCAGUUGUCAGCGUUGGGGCUGCGGGACACAGCGGUCGGCAGACGCCACGGUUUUGCCGUACUCCCCGUGGCGGUGUUCGCGCUGCGGGGAGCACAGCCUCACCGCUCAGGUUCCUCAGUGCGAGCACUGUGGAUCCGUCCGUGGAGUGGUAACUGCGGCGGCGGAAUCGGCAACGGCGGCGUACCCUGACACGGAGUGCACCGGGGACGAGAAGCGAGCCAGGCGGCUUGCAGAGGUGGAGGCAUUGUUGGCGAGCGCGGCUGCUGUGCGUGACGACAACGACGCGCCAGACAAGAGAUCAGCAGGCAGCCUGACCGAUGACUGGGCGCGUUGUGUCGCCUACAGCGUGCAGCUCGCCAUUCCGCUGAGUUAA